AUGAUUGCAAGCAAGGCUAUACGCUAUCACAAGGCUGGAGAUCCCUUAAGGGCAAGUUUAUCCUUCGCCAAAAAAAUAUUGCAAAAACUAAAAUUCAGAGCAAUCUUUCUGUUGUGACAAAAAAAUCACAAAUAUAUUGAUUUUUGAAUCAAUCUGUCCGAAAGCUUCCCGAAAAGGUGAAGAACUUGCCUUUUGAGGUUAUUUAUAGCUCCAAAUUUGUUUUUUAUGUUUCCACAGUGCAUUUCAAAUCCUAAAACGGCUGCCUUUUGCUUUUCAUUAAAAAUAUGGCGCCUAAAAUUAAAAUUUUUAAUAAAUAACAUUUUAAGGUUCUCCAAUUGGACACAAUAAAUGUAAAUACAAAACUUGAACCAACACAGGUCCUGAUAAGAUGGCUCAUGGCUCCAGUCAACCCUCUGGAUAUCAAUCGGAUCCAAGGGGCCUAUGUCCUCAAGAAUGAAUACCCUCAAAUCGCUGGUUCUGAAGGCGUCGGGAAGAUCGUCAAGGUAAGGAGACGUCGUUAGAGAUAAUGUCAGUACACAAAGCCGUGUUUUUGAGACUGUUUACGGAUUAUUUUGUAUUGUUUUAGGUGGGGUCUGGUGUGGACGGACUAAAAGUUGGAGAUAAGGUGAUCGGGGGAGCUCCAGUGACAUCUACCUGGACUGAAUUUGGCGUUUCUUUCCAAGAUGGAUUGCAAGUCAUCCAUCCCAACGUUGAUCUGGUCUCUGCGGCCACGUUAAAAAUCAACCCUCCUACUGCUUAUAUCAUGCUCAAGGAAUACGAAGACUUGGCCCCAGGGGAUUAUGUCAUCCAAAACUCGGCUAAUUCCGCCGUUGGAAGGUGUGUAAUACAACAAGCCAAAGGUACGUGGAUAGAAUUGGCGUGACCUUAUGAACUCCCUGUUUUUUCAUCGGUUUUUAUUUAGCCUUUGGUUUGAAAACAGUAAAUAUUGUCAGAGAACGGCCGAAUGUGGAAGAACUGAAGAAAGAAUUAAUCGCCUUAGGCGCUGAUUUUGUUUUUACGGAGGAAGAGUUUAAAAACGAUGGCCGGAAGUUUGUGAAGUCCUUGGAUCGACCAAUAAAAUUGGCCUGCAAUGGAGUCGGAGGACGGAGUGCCUUGGCCAUUUCUGCUGUCCUGGGUUACGGUAGAACAUGUGUAACAUACGGUAAAGUAAAGAAAUAGACGGAAAUAAAAAUUUAGGUGGCAUGAGCAUGAAACCGUCUGAAUUCUCGACUUCUUCUCUCCUAUUCAACGAUCUGAAGGCAGUUGGAGUUGCCGUUACCAGCUUCGUUACUAAUCCCAAGAAUGAAAAAAAGGUCAAAAACAUGUUUAAUGAGCUCCAGGUAAGAAAGAAAGAAUUAUUGACGUCAGCAUUAUUGUAGGAUUUGAUUCUGUCUGGGCAACUGACUCCCCCACCAGCCAAGAUUCAUCCUCUUUCUGAUUUCAAGCAGGCUCUUCGAGAUCAUCUAGAUGGACGGAAAGGAAAGCAAAUGCUGUUGAUUGGGGAUGAGGCGUCUGCCAAAUUAUAA